AUGAGGUUGACAAACUCUGCCGGGCUCGCUCUUGGGCUUGUCGAAUUAGCCAGUGCAACCAAGUAUGGCUACAAUCAACGCACCGUCAAUCGCGAUUCUGAGAUUGUUGAGAAGGCCUUUCCAGAUGUCGACGUUGAACUUUAUUCCCCUGCAUUCUUGACUCCCGAGAUUCGUCUCGAUGGCUUCAAAAAUGGAACACAGGGACCUACAUCUCAUGAGGAUGUGGAUGCCUUCUUGCAGGAACUUGCGGACAAGAACACAUAUAUGACCUACAAGACGGCCAAUUUUACCUCAGAAGAGGGCCGCCAGUUCCCUUACAUUUAUUUAUCAAGCAAGUCCAGCAACUCCACAUCUCGUCGCAGAGACUCUACAGGAAAAGUCCGCAUCUGGAUCCAGGGCUCAGUUCACGGCGACGAACCUGCUGGGGAUGAGUCUACACAGGCCCUUCUUGGGAAAUUUGACAACGACCCUGAUUGGGCGGACGCUAUCCUCAGCAAGGCUGAAUUGGUUAUCCUGCCACGCUAUAACCCAGACGGAGAAUACUAUUUCCAGCGUACGCUGGCAACCAACUUUGAUCCCAACCGCGACCACGUCAAGCUAGCUCGCCAGCAGACUCGCAACAUCAAGCAGCUCCAGAAUGAGUUCAGCCCUCACGUUGUGGUGGAUAUGCACGAGUACGGAGCGUCGAGCACAUUCGGCAAUGGGAAGUACGUCCACGCUUCGGAUGGUCUAUUCUCGGCAGCUAAAAAUCUCAACAUCCACAAGGAUAUUCGAGCACUCUCUGAGGAACUCUUUGCCGUCAACAUCGCGAAGGACAUGGAGGCUGCUGGGCUUCGAACGGAGCCCUACGUCACAGGGUCCUCCUCAUCUAGUUCUGAAUAUGUCGCUACCUUUGAUGAAGCCGGGACCGACGCUAAGAUCGGGCGCAAUGCCAUGGGGCUCACUCAAGCCGUUGUCUUUCUUCUGGAAAUGCGAGGUAUUGGACUAGCAGACCAGGAGUUCCAGCGCCGCACUGCCGCAGGGUUUACCAUGCUCAGCAGCAUUGUCCAGACCGCCGCCGACAAUGCAGAAGAAGUUUUCAGCACCAUCGAGGGCGGUAUUGAGAAGUUCAUCAGCUCAUCGGAUGAAAUUGUCGUGACAGACUCUAGCGAGACAUCUAUCCGACAAUUCUCCUUCGUCGACAAGAGCACGGGUGAGGUUGUCAAGCAGCCCGUGCGCUUCUCCUCCACAACCCCCAGCCUUGCGAACCUCACACGCUCGCGCCCCGAGGCCUAUCUCAUCCCUGUCGCCUGGCCUGACCUCGCCGAGCGCCUCCGUGUCUAUGGCCUCGAGGUCCAAACCUUGUCUGAGCCCUGGAAGGGAACCGUGGAGGCACUCACCUUUACGUCGACGAAGCUGGCCACCAGCUAUUAUGAGGGUGUAGUUCGCGUGACGAGUACCACUGAGGCCAGCCAGCGAGAGAUAGAGCUGCCCGCGGGUAGCUUCCUCGUCAGCACGAAGCAGAAGAACGCCGGCCUCGCAUUUGUCGCCCUGGAGCCUGAGAAUAUUGAUUCAUACGUCACCUUCAACAUUGUUCCUGUGGAAGAGGGGGACGAGUACCCCAUCUUCAGAUUGCUCGCGUAA